AUGCCUACUUGUAGUAUUUGUUCAAUUCAAGUUGAUUGUAUUAAUACACUCAUUUUUCAUAUCGCUAAAUAUCCAGAUAUAAAAAAUAUAUACAAUUGUGGUGAAUUGAAUUGUUACUCAACUUUUAGCACAAAAGAUUCUUUCAAAAAACAUUUACAAAGAAUACAUGAUUGCCAGUUGAACUCAUUAGUUGUAAAGGAUAUAAAUAUUAAUUUAACUAAUGAAACUCGAAAAUUUUCUAAUAGUGAAAAUCUAAAUUAUGACAGUAAUACUCAGAGUAACUUUCAGCAAAAUACAAAUAAUCCGGGUUUUUCAGCGAAUGAUUUCAAAACUGCCCUUAAUAAAGCAGCAUUAUCUGAGGAUAUGCAGGAAGCUCCAACAAUUGUGAAUUUAGAUGAUGACAUUAUCAGUCCGGUUAAGCAAAGUGGCAUAGAUAAUUAUUUAUCUAAACCUAAAAUUCUUCAUACGAAAAUCUUGGAUGAAACAGAAAUGAUUGAUACCAGUAAAAGUAAAGUGGGCAGCUUUUCUAGCGUAUUAUCAGAAGCAAAAAAACUUGGAUUUAACUCAUCUUCCUCCUCCGAUAAAUCUGAUUUGAAAGUUGACAAAGACGCUAAAGUUUUUUUGAGUGAUUCAUUUAUAGGUAUAUUAGAAUCAAAAGUAGAAAAUACUCUUAUUAAUUCUAACUGUUCCGACAAAGAUAUUAAUGUAUUCAAAAAAAUGUUUGAUGAUAUAAAAAAUACUUUUGCGGAUUUAGAUACAGAACAUCGACGGUUAAAGCAUUUUGAAAAAUCAGGUUCUUAUAUAAAACCGAAAUCGUACAUUAUUGAUCGUACUUAUGUUAUUUCAAAAUCAAAAAAAGGUUCUAAGGGUAAAAUGAUUGACAUAUGUGGACAAUUCAUCCCAUUACGAGCAACGCUCAAAAAUUUUUUUCAGCAACCUAAUGCUUUAACUGACACGGUAAAUUAUAUGGAACAACUUAAUAAUAAUGAAACAGUAAUUGAAAACUAUAUUCAGUGUAAAUCAUGGGCUAAAAAACGAUCUGAAUACAAAGAUGAUGAUAUUGUGAUACCAUAUUUUUUAUCUGGUGAUGACGUGGAAGUUAAUAAUUCUCUAGGUUCUCGAUCAGGAAAGGUUAUGCCCAUUUACGCAUCAAUUCCAUGUUUACCAUCAGAAUGCCGGUCAAAAUUAGAAAAUUAUUUCCUUGUUUUAUUGUAUGACAGUUGGAUUCAUUUAAAUAAAAAUAAAAAAAAUCGAACAUUUCGUAUUUACCGCCCGCUCAUUAAGGAAAUAAAAUUUUUGGAAGAAAAAGGAAUUAAAAUUUUAACAAAUCAAGGUGAAAAACAUGUUUAUUUUGUAUUGGGUCUAAUCCAAGGAGAUAACCUUGGCUUACAUGGUCUUUUAGACUUUACCGAAUCGUUUUCUGCCACUUAUUAUUGUCGAUUUUGUAAAAUGGACAAGAAUACAUGUCAAAAUACCAUUUUUUUAUCCCCUGAAUUGACUCAAACUGUACAAAACUACAAGACAGACCUUAAAACAAAUAAUAUCACGCUAACGGGUAUACGAGAAAAAUGUGUAUUUAAUUCAGCUUCAUUCCAUGCCGUAGAGAAUUUUUCUGUCGACGAAAUGCAUGAUUUUAGAGAAGGGAUAGCUCAUGAUGAUUUAAUAGAAAUUUUAAGCGCAAUUACUUUACAAAAUAGUGAAUACUAUGAGUUCUCUGUAUCGGAAUUGAAUGAAAGAUUAGCAGUGUUUGAUUAUGGGCCUAUUGAUUCCCUAAAUAAACCUCCAUUUAUUAGAGUUGACGAUUUGAGCAAAAAUAAUAAAUUAAAAAUGACAGCUUCAGAGUUAACCAUGUUUGUUAGAUUAUUGGGAGUAAUAAUUGGAGAUUGA